GGUGCGGGGAGCGCGGCGGGGGCUGGCCCGGGCGGCGCGGGGCCCUGCGCGACAGUGUCGGUGUUCCCCGGCGCCCGCCUCCUCACUAUCGGCGACGCGAACGGCGAGAUCCAGAGGCACGCGGAGCAGCAGGCUCUGCGCCUCGAGGUGCGCGCUGGACCAGACGCGGCGGGCAUCGCCCUCUACAGCCAUGAAGAUGUGUGUGUGUUCAAGUGCUCAGUGUCCCGAGAGACAGAGUGCAGCCGUGUGGGCAGACAGUCCUUCAUCAUCACACUGGGCUGCAACAGCGUCCUCAUCCAGUUCGCCACACCCCACGGUAUGUGUNNNNUCUACAACAUCCUGAAAACCUGUCGGGGCCACACACUGGAGCGCUCAGUGUUCAGUGAGAGAACAGAGGAAUCCUCAGCUGUGCAGUACUUCCAGUUUUAUGGCUACCUGUCCCAGCAGCAGAACAUGAUGCAGGACUAUGUGCGUACAGGUACCUACCAGCGUGCGAUCCUGCAAAACCACACCGACUUCAAGGACAAGAUUGUUCUCGAUGUAGGCUGUGGCUCUGGGAUCCUGUCAUUUUUUGCUGCUCAAGCAGGAGCCAGGAAAAUUUACGCAGUGGAGGCCAGCACCAUGGCUCAGCAUGCUGAGGUCCUGGUGAAGAGUAACAACCUGACAGACCGCAUCGUGGUCAUCCCUGGCAAGGUAGAGGAGGUCUCAUUGCCUGAACAAGUGGACAUUAUCAUCUCAGAGCCCAUGGGCUACAUGCUCUUCAAUGAACGCAUGCUCGAGAGCUACCUCCAUGCCAAAAAGUACCUGAAGCCCAGUGGAAACAUGUUCCCCACCAUUGGUGACGUCCACCUCGCACCCUUCACCGAUGAACAGCUCUACAUGGAGCAGUUCACCAAAGCCAACUUCUGGUACCAGCCAUCCUUCCACGGAGUAGACCUGUCAGCCCUCCGAGGUGCCGCUGUGGAUGAGUAUUUCCGGCAACCUGUCGUGGACACAUUUGACAUCCGGAUCCUGAUGGCCAAAUCUGUCAAGUACACAGUGAACUUCUUAGAAGCCAAAGAAGGCGAUUUGCACAGGAUAGAAAUCCCAUUCAAAUUCCACAUGCUGCAUUCAGGGCUGGUCCAUGGCUUGGCGUUCUGGUUCGAUGUUGCUUUUAUUGGCUCCAUAAUGACCGUGUGGCUGUCCACAGCCCCAACAGAGCCCCUGACCCACUGGUACCAGGUCCGGUGCCUCUUCCAGUCACCGUUGUUUGCCAAGGCUGGAGACACGCUCUCAGGGACAUGUCUGCUUAUUGCCAACAAAAGACAGAGCUAUGACAUCAGUAUUGUGGCCCAGGUCGACCAGACAGGCUCCAAAUCCAGUAAUCUGCUGGACCUGAAGAACCCCUUUUUCAGGUACACGGGCACAACCCCAUCACCCCCACCUGGCUCACACUACACAUCUCCCUCCGAGAAUAUGUGGAACACAGGAAGCACCUACAAUCUUAGCAGCGGGGUCGCUGUGGCCGGAAUGCCUACUGCCUAUGACCUGAGCAGUGUUAUUGCCGGCGGCUCUAGUGUUGGUCACAACAACCUGAUUCCCUUAGCCAACACAGGGAUUGUCAAUCACACCCACUCCCGGAUGGGCUCCAUAAUGAGCACGGGCAUUGUCCAAGGCUCCUCAGGUGCCCAAGGAGGCAGCGGUGGCUCCAGUGCCCACUAUGCAGUCAACAACCAGUUCACCAUGGGUGGCCCCGCCAUCUCCAUGGCCUCACCCAUGUCCAUCCCAACCAACACCAUGCACUACGGGAGCUAGGUGCCUCCAGCUGCAACACCACUGCGCACUGACAGCACCAGGAAACCAAAUGAAGUCCACGCCCAGUGCAGCCGGUGGCUGUCCCCCUUGUUCUGGAGAAGCGUGAACACCCAGUCACAGCCCUCUUUGCAAUGGGAACUUGGACACUUUUGUACACGAUGUCGCCGCUGCCCUCAAGUAUCCCCAGCCCACCCUUUGGCCCUGAGCGCGUUGUCGCUGCCAUGUUUUACAUGAGAUCCUGUUGGGGCAGCCCUCAUCCUGUUCUGCCCUCUCCAACCUGACCUGGCUUUGACAUCUACUGGAAGAGGCAAGCUCCCUUCACCCAAUCCCACACACACAGCUGCGCCUGACCAGGCAGGAGGAAGCCAGCAGCUGCCACUACCAGACCUGGCAGAACCCAUCCCCCAACCCAUCCUUGCACCUGCCCCUCACCUGGGGUAGCAGCACAGCCAGCUGGACCUCUUCUUCAACUACCAGGCCACAUGGUCACCAUGGACGUGACAUGCUGCUUUUUUUAAUUUUAUUUUUUUACGAAAAGAACCAGUGUCAACCCACAGACCCUCUGAGAAACCCGGCUGGCCGGGCCCAGCCAGCAGCCCCUGUCCGUAAGCCCAGAGGUUCUAGGUGAGGGGUGACCUGUCAAGCCUUCAGGGCAGGCAUCACCCCCUCUCACCAAAGGGUUCACCUCACACUUGAAUGUACAAAAACACCCAGCUGUCCAAAGGCCUCUAGCCCCUGCUUCCUGCUACUGUCCUGUCCUGAGCCCUGAAGGUCCCCCUUUACCAAAAGCUGGAACAGGCAGCCCAAAGGGAAAGUCACCCAGGGCCACUGGGGCAGACAAAAACCUCAAGGAUCUGUCACAGAAGGAAGGAGGGCAUACUCUCCAUGAUAGCUAACAUGGGCCUUUGUGUUGCACUCCACAUUCAUGCUCUACUUCCUCCUCUCAAGACAGCAUCCCUGAAAAGGGGCCUAGAAGGGACCUCUCCCUCCAGCAGAAAAAGAAGAAAAGAAACAAGAAGGGCAGUUUCUCCCCUGCUCCCUUGCCCUAGAGUCUCCACCCACCUCAGUGGCCAGAGCCCGGGCUGGGCCUAUGCCUACCAUAGGUACUCCUGGCAAUGGCUGGAUCUGCCUGUGCCCAGGGCCCACAGGCAGGCUGGAA